GACAACAAUGUCCAUAUUCGACAAUUUCAAGGUGCCAUAUUUCACGAAGUUCACUAUAGAGAAGAUUGAAAGACCAGCAUGGAACAAUUAGUCAUUAUGUGGUGAAAUAUGAAGAGCCCAGCACAAAUGGUGUGUUGUACCAAAGAGUAUCUAUGCACCCGUGCAAGGCACUAAGUUCUCAUGAUUCAGCUAGGAAAUACUCAGUUUACAGUUAUGCCAAUAUAGAGCAAAGGUUCCACACAUAUUUCUUGAUUUUUUAUAGUGGGACAGUGGAGUUAAAGAUGCGUUAUUUGACGUUAGACUGUCAAGUGAGUUUAUGACAUUUGCCCCCAGGCAAUUUAGGGAAGUCGGGGAUCACAGAUUCAGAUUAACCAUCUCUAAUAAUGGGGUUGGAUAGUUCCACACGCGACAGUUUAAUACUCCUUCUGAAGGUCACAGUUCAAGAAUGAUGAUUGUAUGAUAUGCAUGGUUGCCUUACUGCUUUAAUUUUCUGUGAUCUGGCAUGUGGUGCAUCAUUUACCUCCACAAGAUACCAAACAAGAGUGCAGGCCCGUCGUACCGAUGACGGGAUACAUAUGCAUAUGUUAGUUACUAAAUAGAAUUUCAAUCUCCUUUGGAUAUGGUUUACUACCCCAAGUUUUCCAAGAUUGACGUGUAGGCUGAGAAUAUAAAUCCUGGCAAUCUACUAUUACUAGUUAUGCUACAAUACCAACUAUCCAUUCACUUGGUUGCUAAGGUCCUACAUCAUGCAGUAAAGUUUUUUCGCGACUACACCCUAAGAUCAAAACCACCAGUCAUAAUGUCCAAAGAUUGUCAGAUCUCUCUUUGUGUAGGGUUUUCUUUUCUUGUAUUCGGAAAUAUCUGUUUCUUCAGAGUCUAACACAUCAUCGUCAUCAGCGUGCAUUUUUUGUGAGUGUUGGAAGUUUGUAGCUUUUUGUAGAUACAUGUUGAACUACAAUUCAAGAUUUUUUCCUGCUCCUACAAGAUCUAUAAACCUUUUGCAAAAAGCUAUUGUGAGGGCUACUACUGAUAGGACCUAAGCAUGCCAACUGGGCAACACAAGUGUGUCGUUACAACGAGAUGAACGGGCAUAAGUGGGGCCAUAUAUGGCCUAGAAAGUAGGUCAACAAUUUGUGGGAUUUUUUGAGAUAAAGUUCGUCAAAUUAUUUAUUCUACUUUUUAUUUUCUUCAAUACUACAGGCUCAGGCUUCUGAAAGAAAAGUGGAAUCACCAGCAAAAGAUGCAUGGGGAAGAUUUUUCUCUAAAGAAAAGGGCAUGCCAAAAUCAAAAAAUGAAGGAUCAUCAAGAGAUUCUGAACGUGAUACAGAUAUCAGACUGGACUUUGAAGGAUUUAGCAGCUGCAGGCCUGUAAAAUUUGCUUCACUAGAUGAGAGGCCCUUGCAACAUGAGAACAAUGGAUUGAAAUACUAUAGCCUUUCUAGAAGGUUACGCAACCGAAAGCAACAAAAACGGGAUAUUGCAACUGACUAUGUUCAUUUAACUUGCUCAGGAGACACGACAGCAAAUUUUAACAGCAGCAAACUUAUGAAUCCUAAGAAGCACGGAAAACGUUCAGCCCGCACUAGGGGAAAGAAUUCAACACUGUGGGCUGGUGUUCGUGUGACUGAUACUGCUGCUGCCUAUUCUCUACUGCAGAGCAAUCUUACUCCCCAGAAAGGCAAAGCAAAAAAUGUACAGUUUCAGCCCACGGUAUUCUCAGGUCUGAAUCUACACACUAGGGCUCAAGAUUUUGAUCUUUCAAGUGCAAAAUCUGCUUUGGCAGCUCUAUAUGGAGAGUCUAAACGAGAUUUGAGCGUUGAGUUUGCUGUGAAACUCCUAAUGGAUGAAAUUAGGCUGCCAAAGGAAGCUGCAGAAGUUGAAAAUUUCUUCAAGCGGAAGAUGAACAGUAAGAAAAGGCACAACAGCAGGACCUUCCGAGACUCGGCAAAGCUCCAAACAUCUUAAUUAUAAGAAACAGAAAAUAAGUAACAUCUGCUCAAUGGGCUAAACCGAUAAGAUGUAAUUAACAUCUAGGAUGAGUCAGUUAGUGGGUGAAUUGCUGUAUCUUGUUUACAGCAAAAUUAGUCUUUCUACUUGUAUCUUGUUGAUGCCAAGCAGAGAACAGCUAAAACAUGCGGGGUUAGACAUGCAUUGGCAUCCCCCAGCUUUUCAAUUGGAUUUUUGCCUAAUAGAAGCUGCAGUUUUACUGCAUUGGAAUGAAUAAUGUGCUAUGCCAUAUAUCUUCGUCGGUUGAAGAGUUUUAAAUAAGAAAAAAAUCAUG